AUGGUUUUAGAGAAGGGACAGGAAGGGAAGCUCUCUUCAUUAUUUUCUCUUGCAUGGGAUUUUUGGUGGAGAAGGAACCAAAUGAUUCAAGAGCAGAAAAGUAUAGCAGUACAACAGGUUAUUGAUUAUGCUCUUUCUGUUCAAAGGUCUUUCAUAGACUUGAAACAAUUGCAAAAGCCUAAGGUUCGAGCCUACUAUGAAUGGAAGCCACCACCUAUUGAUUGGUUGAAAUUGAGUGUAGACGGAGCUGUUUUUGGUGAGAUCAACAGAGCAGGGGUGGGGUUUGUGCUUAGAGAUGGGAAGGGUGAUGUUUUGUUGGCAGCUAGCGAGAUAGAGUUUGAAGUGAAAGAUGCUGAACCUAUCGAAUUACUAGCAAUCCUACGAGCUUUACAGUUUUGUGCUAACAUGGGAAUCCAAAGAAUGAUGGUUGAGUCAGAUUGCUUGAUGGCUGUACAAGUGCUUAACAAUGAGAUUGAAACUGCUGUGUUAGAUCCACUAGUGCAGGAAAUCAGAAAGCUUCAAGGGGUAUAUGUUGAGUGCAAAUUUCAACAUGUGUAUAGAGAAAGCAAUCGGGUUGCUCACAAACUUGCCCAGUUUACUGGGAAUGUUGAGGAUAUCUCAAUGUAG